GCGAGCGCCGUGACCCAUUCGUUUCAUGGGCAGACCGAAAUCAGACGGCGACGGUUGAGAAGUUAUGAUACCGUCUUCGUCGUGAUCAUUGCUCUCUUUCUCUUUCACGUUCCUACUGCGCUACCGCGAUUGGCCGGCAAGUGUUGGACGGGCGGCCGUUGUGCGGCUCGUUUCGGUGACGCGUAUUUCGUGUGCGUAAUUGUGUGUACCGACUAAAAACCAUUUGGCAGAUUUCCCGGCACGACAUCUUGGCUAACGUUCUCUUAUUCAUAAUCCUUCGUUGUUACGUGCAUCGUGUAUUACAUUAUACGUUUUCCUCGUGGAACGGCUGUGUGCUUUGAUUCGCGCAGUAUCGAUUCGUGGACGGCUGGUUUACAACCGGCAUACACGCUGUAUAGCACCCACGCUGACAGUGAAGCUCUGACUGCAGACGCGUGUGUAGAUAGCUUAGUGCCCAGCAAUUCCCAGCUACGUACACGGAAGAGGAACGCUAUCAACAUCUCGAUGGUGAAGCUGCGCAAAGUGUCAGUGGCAGGGAGAAAUUACCUUGCCGUUUUCAACUAUUCGACGAUCAAAGGAUUCCGAAGAAAACGUCUCGAGCGUGGAAAAGCAUUGAAGAAAAUGCUAACGCCGGGACGAUCGGGAUCAAUCAGUCCCGAGGAGAUCGGCAAUGGACCUGACACAAAGGAUCCUGGCGCGGCAAGCAAUGGUUCAGGGACGUAUAUGCAUAGCACACGCGCCCCAGGCACGUACGAUAGCGACGACAGAGCAAAAGAAUUCCUCUCGACCGGAAGAACCGGAAGAAGGAAUGCUCUGACGGAGAUUUUGGGCCGUCAUGCUGAAACUGGAAUGCUAGAUUUGCCGGAUCGUUUCGAGGAACUUUCCGUGGAGACAGGUCAAUCAAACAACGGCGGACAAAAUCCAAAUUCACCGGGUACCUCGAAACAGGGUUGA